AUGACUACACAAAGCGAGUCAAGUUCGCGACGUGUACAGAAAAAAGAAGAUAGCGAGGACAGAAUGGACCUAAGUGUACUAUUUAAGUUUAUUAAACCCUUCGAUGGGUCCAGGGAGAGAUUAGUCCCAUUUCUAAAUAAUUGUCAUAACGCUUAUGAUUUAGCCAUAGAAUCUAAACGUCCUGCUUUACUUAAGUAUAUAUUAAGUCAGUUAGAGGGUAAGGCCGAAAGUGCGUGUAGUAUAAAAGAAUUUGAAUCGUGGGAACAACUCUCCGAGUUUCUCACCACUCAAUUCGGAGAGAAAAAACACUAUUCGGCACUACUCUCUGACUUACAAAACUGCACACAAAAUAAUGAUUCGGUUAACGAGUUCGCACUACAUAUAGAAUCUUGCCUUUCAAAAUUGUUAACAGAAAUAAAUUUAUCUCAAAAAAAGAAGAAAAGCGAACUAGCUGGCCGAAUUGCAGCUAUGCAGGAUUUAGCCCUGCACCAUUUUGUCAUUGGCCUAAAACCCCAAAUAUCAACUAUCGUCAGGUGUCGAGACCCAGAAACAUUAAAUGACGCAAUAAACUUCGCAAUUUCCGAGGAGAAAAUAAUGGAAGCUUCUCGGAAAAGAUAUAAUAAUCCUCAAAGUCAAGGGCCGCCCAACAAAACUAAUUAUUCGCGCCCUAACUACCAAUUUAGAGAUCGCUAUCUAAACAAAACAACAUCAACUUAUGAACGUGCUCCUAAUAAUGGUAAUCCAAAUCCACAGGCUCCGCAACAUGGUUGCCAUACUAACCAACGAGACGAUAUUGUGACUAAAUCCUCUGUAUCCACUAUACCUAAAAGUCCCACUAAAUCUUAUACUUCCGCCGCGAAGUUUGGACUUCCUAAUUCCACUGUAUCCAAUACAUCCACAAACUCUAACUCCAAAGACACACCUACUGUGUUCGAGGUGACAUCCAAUGCCAUAAAGAGAUCCUUACCAUAUGUAUUACUCCAGACAAAUGUCUCUGAAAUCCCAAUCAAAUUCCUAAUCGAUUCAGGCUCGUCAGUUAGCCUAAUGAAACAAUCUUGCAUCCAGAUCGAACAAUUAUUCGAACCGCCCAAAAUCUUACUCAAAGGAAUAAACUCAAACAGCGAAGCAACCAAAACUUUAGGCCAGUUCCCAUUAAAGUUCUUCCUGAGCAAUAAACAAAACAUUAUGUUUGAUUUUCACGCUGUAGAUGACGUUAACUUACCCUAUGAUGCAAUAAUUGGUAACGAUUUCCUCAACGACCUGGAAGGCAUAAUUGAUUAUAACCAAAAUUCAUUAACUCUAAAGAAUCAUAAAAUUAAGAUAGAUUUUCAAAACCCCGUAUAUGUGAUUCCACCUCGUACAGAAAUAAUUAUUGAAUCCUCAGUAUCCAAUCCUAACAUAAAAGAAGGUCUUGUGCUAGACCAACAAUUCCACGAAGAUUUAAUUUUCGCUAACUGCCUUGUCUCAGUUAAAAAUAAUAAAAGAAUUAAUAUAUCUGUUUUGAAUAUCUCUGAAUCUCCUGUUACUUUAAAAUCAAAUCUCGAUAUCACACUGAACCCUUUAGACUUUGAUGACAUAACUCAUGAAUCAGUUAACUUUAAUUCUACAUUACACCAUACCCGACAUACUGACGCUUAUACUCGCACUCAGGAAGUAUUGAAUCAAUUAAGAGUGAAUCACCUUAAUACUGAGGAAUCUAACGCUCUUCACGAUAUAUGCUCUCAGUAUUCUGAUAUCUUUCAUAUUCCUGGAGAUAAACUAUCUCAUACUGAUGCCAUCCAACAUGAAAUAAAUACAACACCCCAAAAUCCUAUACAUGUUAAAUCAUACCGCUUUCCGGAAAUUCACAAACAAGAAGUAGCAAAACAAAUAGACCAAAUGUUGGAGCAAGACAUCAUUAAACCUUCUAUGUCCCCGUGGUCGUCUCCUAUCUGGGUGGUCCCGAAAAAACUUGACGCUUCAGGACAUCGCAAAUGGCGUGUAGUUAUUGACUACAGGAAACUAAACGACAUUACUAUUGGAGAUAGCUAUCCUAUUCCUCAAAUUUCCGAAAUCUUAGACCAACUCGGACAAAGCAAAUACUUCUCCACUCUUGAUUUGGCCUCUGGAUUUCAUCAAAUUCCCAUUAGGGUAGAUGACACACCCAAAACUGCUUUCAGUGUUCCUCAAGGGCACUUUGAAUUCACUCGAAUGCCUUUUGGUCUUAAAAAUGCGCCAGCUACAUUCCAACGUCUUAUGAAUACAGCUCUCGCUGGUCUUCAAGAUAUCCGUUGUUUUGUGUACUUAGAUGACAUUGUCAUAUAUUCUCACGACUUACCUAGCCACAUAACAAACCUUGAGUUAGUUUUCCAACGUCUUAGAAAAUUUAAUCUUAAACUUCAACCAGAUAAAUGCGAGUUCUUGAGACGUGAAGUUAUUUAUCUAGGGCAUGUAAUUUCCGAUAAAGGUGUAAAACCCAACCCAGACAAAAUUAAAUCUGUGACACAAUUCCCCAUUCCAAAAACUCCAAAAGAUAUUAAGUCUUUUCUAGGUCUUGUGUCCUAUUACCGAAGAUUUAUUCCGGAAUUCUCCAAAAUCGCCAAACCUUUAACUGCUCUUUUGAAAAAAGAUGUCUCUUUCAUUUGGGAAAACCAACAACGAAUUGCUUUUGACGAAUUGAAACUUAAACUAACUUCUGCUCCUGUCCUAAUAUAUCCAGAUUUUUCCUUACCAUUUACCUUAACCUGCGAUGCUUCUAAAUAUGCCAUAGGUUCUGUUCUUUCUCAAGGACCUAAAGGCCAAGAAAGACCAAUAGCUUAUGCUUCUAGAACUCUGAAUAAAGCUGAGACUAACUACAGCACCACAGAAAAAGAACUCCUUGCAAUACUUUUUGGCUGCAAAACCUUUCGUCCUUAUAUUUAUGGGCGCAAAUUCAAUAUAAUAACUGAUCAUCGACCACUGGCCUGGCUCAUGAACCAUAAAGACCCUAGCAGUAAGUUACAACGUUGGCGACUUAAACUCUCGGAAUAUGACUAUAAUAUAAUCUACCGUAAAGGUCAACUAAAUUCUGCGGCAGACGCUUUAUCACGAUAUCCUGUAAAUCCUAUACAGAGUGAUGACUCUCCUUUAAAUCUUGAUGAAAUAAGCCCAUUAAAUCCUGAUCAUCUUGUCGAUUUUGAACCCCUGAGUCCAGAUGCCAUUAUCCCUUCCGAAAUACAAAAUCCUGAUCCAAUGCCAGAUCAACGGCAUACUGAAUCUCCUAUAGAUGCACAACGAGUUUUAGAUGACUUAAUACAAUUAGGAGACUUACACUCCCCAAACCUACAAGAUAAUUCAAUUCCUUCUGAAUUAUUGACUCCCAGUAACUCUCAUUCUGACGGUUCUCCUCCUGACACAAUUCCUUCAUCCAACCAUGAUUACAACACGUUCUUAAAAGCAUUUUCCAAAAAUGAUACAACCUUUACAACUCACAUUAAAGAACACAAUGAAAAUCUCCUGAAGACUAAAUCCAGAACUUUAAAUGAAGAUGACGCACAUAGAUAUAAUAAAGCAAUUGCUAAAAUGCAACAAAUAGAUAAAGAUCUUAAUUCAAAUCUUAAACAAAGCAUCUAUAUUUCUAAAUCCGCAAUCACAAACUUUAAUGCUUCCAUGAAUGAACUCAAUAAGAAUCAAAUCCUACUGAACGAUGUUAUCGAUAAAUUAUCUCUUUCCGUCAAAAACGUUUCUGAGGUCACCAACUCUGUCAAGUUGCAAACAAACAUGGAUGAAAUCUUGAGUGUGUUACAAGCUAGCCUAUUAACACUUUCAUUCAAAAUUGAAGAUAUUGUAAGCAGUGUAUUGUUUUCAAAAUCAAACACUAUUCAUCCUUCAAUUAUUACUCCUAAGCAAUUAUACAUAGAUUUAGUAAGUAAUAUUAAAGAUGUAUCUAGACUUAAGGAUUUCCCUGUAGAGUUAAAUUUAGAUAAUAUCAAUAUCCUAAUGAACCUCGCUAAAGUAGUUUCAUAUGUUAUCGAAAAUCAUCUAGUAUUUGUAAUAAAAAUUCCUCUUGUAAAUGUAGAAACAUACAAUCUUUAUAAAGUUAUACCUAUCCCUGUACCACAUAACCCGACAUCUCCAAAUUCAUUUGCACUUAUUACUGCAACGAAACCUUUUAUAGGCAUUAGUGAAGAUAAGAAAUUAUAUUUUAAUUUUGAUAAUAUAGAUUCUUGUAAUUUAAUAAUUGGACAUCAGUAUAUUUGUAACCCUUUGAAUAUUCUCAGUGUUGUUAAUUAUCCAAUAUGUGAAACGGAAAUAAUCACCAAAGCUGUUGAAAAUUUACCUAAAACUUGUACUACAAAAUUUAUAUUCGGUAAAAUUGAUAUCUGGCACAAAUUAAAUAAUAACAAAUGGUUCUAUGUUGAAUCUAAUGAUGAGAAACUGACUAUUGAAUGUAAUCAUAGAAUAAUUGACAUUGUUAUAUCAGGAACCGGAAUACUUACCUUGUCAUCCGGUUGUACCGCAUUUUGUAAAGAAAAUAGAUUUGAAGCAAAAAGUGUUUAUGAAAUUACCAUAAGUCCUGUUGUUUCAAAUUUUAACAUUAUUAAUGACAGUUGUUGUAAUUUGAUGGAAUUUUCCAAAGUAAAUAUUAAUAUUUCAACGCACCAGUUACGACAUGUGAAUCUUGAUAGUUUAAAUUUAAUUGACGAUUUACCUAUUAAGUCAAUUGAUGAUGAUUCAGAUGAUUUCCUUAAUGACCCUUCAGACUAUGUUAGUUUUAGCUUUAGCAUAGUUUCCUUUUUAAUAAUCUUAAGUAUUGCAAUUAUAAUCUUUGUAAAAGCCAAUAAAUGCGUAUUUCCAAACAAAGACAUAGAAAAUCCAGAUAAUACCUCUUCAACCAGUGAAACCCCACAUCCUCAGCCUCGUCUCCGUAUGGAAUAA